AUGGUCAAAGUACUCAAUAGGCAUAUCGUAGUGUGUGGACACAUUACCUAUGAAACGGUAUCUCAUUUUCUAAAAGACUUCCUCCACGAAGACAGGGAAGACGUGGACGUGGAAGUCAUCUUUCUCCACAGGAAAACACCAGAUCUGGAACUAGAGGGAUUGAUAAAGAGAAAUUUCACGACUGUAGAAUUUUUUCAAGGAUCAGUUAUGAGUCCAAUUGAUCUACAGCGCGUAAAGGUUCACGAGGCGGAUGCGUGCCUGGUUCUAGCCAACAAGUAUUGUCUCGAUCCUGAUGCCGAGGAUGCAGCAAACAUCAUGCGAGUGAUAUCCAUCAAAAACUACUCUGACGAUGUAAGGAUUAUCAUACAGCUGUUGCAGUAUCAUAACAAG